GUAAUCUCCUGGUGGUCAACCAUUUCAAUUCCUAUUCCAACAUGUUGUUCAGUGGCCUCCUGUUUUGCCAUGGUGAAGCCACUAGGAGAUUGGAGGAGCAACACCUUGUAUUCCCUCAUAGUCUCCAACCUGAUGCCAUAACAUCAAUUUCACCCAUUUCUGGUUAUUUCCUCCCCUCACCCUUCCCUAUCCUUCAAUUCCCCAGUCUUGCCUCUUACCUCAUCUCCACACCUGCCUAUCGCUCCCCCUGUGCUCCUCCUUCCCUUUCUUCCAUGGCCCAAUCUCCUCUCCUAUCAGAUUCUCCCUUCUUCAGCCCUUUACUUUUCCACCUAUCACUUCCCAGCUUCUUACUUCAUCCUCCUCUGCCCCUACCCACCUGGCUUCACCUAUCAUCUUAAAGAUUGUGCUCCUUCCCCUCUCCCUACUGUUUUAUUCUGGCAUCUUCACCCCUUCCUUUCCAGUCCUGAUGACUUACUUAUUCAUUUCCAUUGAUGCUUCCUGACCUACUGAUUUCCUCCAGCAUUUAAAUUAUUUAGAGAUACAGCGUGAAAUAGGCCUUUCUGGCUUUUUGAGCCACACUGCCCAGCAAAUCCCGAGAGUGCAAAUUUAACCCUAACUGCAUCCCAGGACAAUUGCAAAUGACUAAUUAACCUACCUGGUGUGCCUUUGGACUGUGGGAGGAACCUGGAGAAAACCUAUGCAUUCCGCGGGGAGGGCGUGCAGAGACUCCUUACAGAGGAUGCUGGAACUGAGCUCCACACUCUGAAGUCCCAAGCUGAAAUAGCGUCGUGCUAACUGCUAUGCUAGUUGGAGGCACCUGUCAACUUUGCCUCCAACUUCCACCCUGCCCUUAAAUGCACUUGGUCCAUUUCUGACACCUCUAUUUGUUUCCCCAUCUGGUUGCUUUGGAUUUCUAGCAUCGACGGAAUCUCUUGGGCUUAGGCACUUCCUACCUCCACCCAUCCAUUAUUUCAUCAAAUAGCUUAAGAAAGAGGUGCUAGGAAAUGCUAUAUAUUUGUAUAAGACUGCCUCCUCCAGCAUUGCAAUUGGUAGUUUAAUUCCUUUUUAGAGAAUCACUCAGCAUUUGUUUAUUAUGAUCACCCUCAGUGGUUAAGGAAAAAUUUUUAAAGCUCCUGUGACUUUAGGAUGAAAUUCAUGCAGAUCACUAAAUCUUCCUUAAUGUACUUUCAGAGAACAACAUCACCAGUGAACAAUGUCAAUAUCUUCAUGGUUUAAAUGGAAUGAGCCCUAUCACAGAUUCCCGCAGCGGAACCCUACAGAUAUGGUCGUAGAGACCCUCAUGAUGGAGCUGAGCUGGCAAAUAAAACAAGCUGAGAAGAUGCAGAGAGAGCGAGAGGAUGAGUAUAGAAGAAUAAAAACAGGUGUGGACUACAGCUGGCUGGUCAGCCAUCCUCAACACAGCUAUGAUUUGACUCCUGGGGAGAGGCUAGAGUUUGAAGAAGCAUGUUCCAACAUCCACCCUUCUUAUUGUGGACCAGUGGUACUUAGGUUUCGGCAAUUGAUUGAGGAAUAUGAACCAGAGGUGCAGGAGGUGGUGCAGUUAUUCCGAUUCGUUCUUCAGGAUACCAUAGGGAGAAUGAAGGAAGAUCAAGAAACAAGGAACCUGACUAGGCAAUGGAGCAAGAAACGGACAGUGAGCAUGAUGACAUUUAAAUCUCGAGUAAGGAUCUAUCCCUUCAGCAGUAAUAUUAAGACAGUUUCAGAGGAUGUGGAGCAAAGCUUCAUAUCAGCCAGACGAGUGUGGAGCAUGCCAGAGUUCAAGACUAUUAAAGACUUCUAAUGGAUUGUGCAGCCUAAUUUAUAUGAUUGUAUAGAGUCAAUAAAAUAUAUUUAAUCACUCAAUUUAGGAUUGAUUUCAUGAACUAGACAUUCAGAUGGUGUGAGCACAAUUGGCAAACUCUGCGUUUAUUACUCCUCUCCAGUUAUUCUUGUCCUGCUAGUUCAUUUCAGACAAGAAUUAAAGUUAACUGCAUCACUGUGAAUCUGGAAUCACAUGGUGAGCAGACUGGGGAGAAACGGCAAAUCUCAUCCCCUCGAGUGGGGGUUC